CGCACGGGUCAGUCUGCGUCCGCCACUCAUCACCAGGAAAAACUCUUUGUUUCUAACAUCAUUUAGCGGGAAAUACGGACUCUUUGAUGCGAUUUAGAGCUCACUUCAAGUUAAAGCGGCCGUGUCAAGUUAAUUUAAAUCCAAGCUUUGUUUGGCUGUGGGAUAAUCGUGCAGGAUCUGCAGCGGAUACACUGAUACUCGUGCGUGCGGACAGAGGAGCUCAAAGGAUCUGGGUGGAUGGUUUAUAACUGUUGAACAGCUUUAUCACAGUGUUCAUUGGACGUAACUAGAAGCUCCUGGACUCUUCCUCCUCUCCUCUGUUAAUACACAGAGGGACAAUGUUGUGGGACAAACUGUGCUGGCUGCUGGCCCUGUUGGCCCUAACGUCUGGGGGGCUGCCCCCCUCCGAGCCCCUCUCUGCCCCCAGGAUCUUCCUGUCCUUCAAAGAGUUAAAGUCUACUGGCACCGCUCACCACUUCUCCUUUUUGCUGAACUCAACCGACUAUCGGAUCCUUCGCAUGGACGAGGACCACGACCGCAUGUAUGUGGGCAGCAAGGAUUAUAUCCUCUCUCUGGAUCUGCACGACAUCAACAAGGAGCCACUCAUAAUCCACUGGCCUGUGGCGCCCCAGAGGAAGACUGAAUGUGUGCUGUCAGGGAAAGACACCAAUGGUGAAUGUGGAAACUUCAUCCGUCUGAUCGAGCCAUGGAACCGCACCCACCUGUAUGUGUGUGGAACUGGUGCAUACAACCCAAUCUGCACCUACGUGGACCGAGGACGCAGGUCACAGGGGUCCCACUACCUACAGUCACCCAAAUCUGGAGGGCGAACGAGUCGGGCAGCAGACUACAGCACUACGACAGAGCCUUUGGAGGCGAAGGAGUACAUUUUCCGCCUUGAACCUGGAAAAGUGGAUUCUGGAAAAGGAAAAUGUCCAUUUGACCCCAAACUGAACAGCGUCUCAGCUUUGAUCAAUGGAGAGCUGUAUGCAGGGGUCUACAUCGAUUUCAUGGGAACAGACUCUGCUAUCUUCCGAACGCUGGGGAAGCAGACAGCCAUGAGGACGGAUCAGUACAACUCCAGAUGGUUAAACGAUCCCACAUUCGUCCAUGUACACCUCAUCCCAGACAGUGCUGAGAAGAAUGAUGACAAGCUCUACUUUUUCUUCCGCGAGAAAGCCUCUGAGAUGGGCCAGAGUCCCAUGACCCAGUCCAGGAUAGGGCGGAUCUGCCUGAAUGACGACGGUGGACACUGCUGUCUGGUCAACAAGUGGAGCACGUUUCUAAAAGCACGACUCAUCUGCUCAGUGCCAGGAGCUGACGGCAUUGAGACACACUUUGAUGAACUAAGGGAUGUUUAUAUCCAGCCAACUCAAGACACCAAGAAUCCUGUCAUCUAUGGAGUCUUCUCAGUCUCCGGGGCUGUGUUUAAAGGCUCGGCUGUGUGCGUCUACUCCAUGGCAGACAUCCGCAUGGUCUUCAACGGCCCCUUUGCACACAAAGAGGGGCCAAACUACCAGUGGGUGGCUUACACAGGAAAGAUUCCUUACCCACGACCUGGCACUUGUCCUGGAGGCACUUUUACCCCCAACAUGAAAUCCACAAAGGAUUAUCCAGAUGAGGUGAUCAACUUCAUGAGAAACCACCCCACCAUGUACAAUGCUGUAUACCCAGUACACAAGCGCCCCCUGGUGGUCAGGACCAAUGUGGACUAUGAGUUCACCACAAUUGCUGUGGAUCAGGUUGCAGCUGCUGAUGGAAACUAUGAGGUGCUCUUCCUGGGAACAGAUCGAGGGACUGUCCAGAAAGUGAUCGUCCUGCCCAGAGACGACCUGCAGACAGAGGAGCUUGUCUUAGAGGAAGUGGAGGUCUUUAAGGUUCCUACGCCAAUCACCACCAUGAAGAUUUCAUCAAAACGGCAACAGCUGUACGUGGGCUCAGUGUUGGGGGUGACCCACCUGGCUCUCCAUCGCUGUGACGUGUAUGGGGAGGCCUGCGCAGACUGCUGUCUAGCCAGAGACCCAUACUGUGCCUGGGAUGGCAAAUCAUGCUCCAGAUACUCUAACUCACAGAAGAGGCGGAGCCGUCGUCAGGAUGUGAAGUACGGCAACCCGAUCCGCCAGUGCAGAGGUUAUAACUCUAACACCAAUAAGAAUACUGUGGAGUCAGUUCAGUAUGGAGUGGAAGGCAGCACCACGUUCCUGGAGUGUCAGGCCAGAUCUCCUCAUAUGUCUUUGAAGUGGCACCUGCAAAAGGAAAACAGCGACAGGAGGAAAGAGAUCCGCUCCGAGGGUCGCAUCCUGAAAACAGAACAGGGCCUCCUGAUCCGCUCCCUGCAGUCGUCUGACAGCGGCAUCUACCAGUGCACGUCCACAGAGAAAAACUUCAAACACACCCUCGUCAAACUGCAGCUUGUGGUCCUCUCCAGCCGCACGGUCAACAACGUGUUGGUGGAAACAGGCAGCCCAGCUCUCCCCCCACUUCAGUCCAGCGCCUGGACUCCAAGCGUAGGUCAGUAUAAAGACCUGCUGACCAUCCUGAGCCAGCCAGAGAUGGGUCUGAUCAACCAGUACUGCCAGGACUACUGGCAGCUGGGCGAGGGAAGCCUUGGGGAAAACAAAGCCAAGAGCCUGAAGGAGCUGAAAGAACAGAAGAAACCCCGCAACCGCCGGCAUCAUGACGAGCAGACGACACCUGCCGAGACAUGAGGAGCUGGAUUUACACCUUACCAUACUCAAACACCACCCGUGUACCUUUUCACUCCUCCUGAACACUGCUACUCUCCAUUUAGGGAAAAGACCCCAGUUAGAAAAAUGAAACUAUCACAAGGGAUGACUGCAACCAAAAGCAUCAACCAUGAAAAUACACAAUAUUUAUUGUAGGCUGUAAAAAGUACUUCUUUGUACCUAUCUAGAAAACAUGUUUUUGUGAAUAGGUAAAUCUGUGCAAAUAUUGUUGUUAUUAUAAUAUUAUUGUUAGUGUUCUUGUUUAUUACAAUGUGUUAUUAUGUUGAGAAUAUCUUUAUGUUUGGUGUUUUUAAGAAACAGCGAGUAUGACCCAGGAUCUUGGGAGAAUCCACACAUGGACAAGAACAGUAACUGUUUCAAGCGGCUGUGUUGGAUUGAAUCUUUUUUUGGCAGCAUUUGCUGUCAAAGCUGGAAAUGGAGUCUCCUGUUAAACUCAUGGACUUCCUUUAACACCCUCACCAGAACUCUGUACUGUAUAGCAGACAGUUUUUGUACAUUAACUGCAAGAUUCAAGCUGCUGACAGAGUUAUUCUGCAUUUCUUGGGACACAUGAUGAAAGAAAUGCUAACAGACUGAAGCUGUGACAGUCUGUCACUAUCAAACAGUCACAUGUUAAAGAAAGUUACCUGUGCUGCAGGUAAAGACGUCUCUCCUCUGUGUUGUGGUCCAUCCUGGAUACGAGUAACAAUGGUACAUCACCAAAAUUCUUCCAGAAUCAGUUGCUGCAAAGUGUUUGUUUCUACGUAAAUAUCACAUCUCAAUGUUGUAUCCUAAACAAACGUGAUCUUUGUGAUAAGCUUUUUUUUUCCUCGGGGAAAGGGUCUUUUAACAACACGAAAGCUGAAAAUAUAAGAUUGCCUUCUUUUUUCUUUUUUUAGAAAAGAAAUUCCAUCAGGCAGCUAAAUGUGACUUUGUGACAGUUUGUGAUUAAAAAGAGACAAGCACCUUCUGUUGCCAAAAUGGUAAUCAUAAAAAAACAGUAAAUACUUCACACAUAUCUGUGGCAUUUACACUAUAGUCAUGUCAGGCAUGCAGGUGAAUGCUCUGAGCAGGGGCGUGUCUAGGGGGCGGCCUCGGGUGGAACUGCAUUACAAUUUCAAUUGCCUUCUUGUUUAUAUACUUUUUUGUCCUACUAAUUUAAACAAAUAAUUCAACAUUGAAAUUAAGAAAGGAGGAAACAAAAUAUACCGUAGAGACAACAGCUUUAGAAUUUUUUAACAAAAAGGUUAAAGUCAUGUGAUUAUAAAAUGAGAGGUGGUGGGCAAAUUUAGGAAAACUAGGCGUAUUGCUAAAUUGAAGUUGAAUUGCCGUUUUAGGUUUCUCAUACUUCAUUAUGAGUAGAUAUCUGCACAGCGAGGCAGGGUUUGAUUUCACACCUUCUGAUUGGGCUUUUUUAGAUGCAUAUACUACGAGUCCUCAAAGAAUUUAUGGAAAUAUUUAAUAGAAUGUUACAACUGUACGCUGCAGUAUUUUUAUAAAUUAGAUAUCUAUAGUGGAACUAUAAAUGGUAAAAACAAAAUUGCUAUUUCACAUGCCUACUCCACCACCUGCCCAAUGAGAUAUCACAACCAAACAUUUAUACUCACUCAAAUUAACUGAAUGUAAAAUGUUGCAGUCUGAACAUUUGAUCGAGCUACAAUAAGCUUGAACAAAGAGACAGGACAAAACUAAUAUGUUUGGAAAGUUAGGGCCGGUGUCCACAGCCAUUAUUUAUUCCUAUGCUUGCUCCAUUGUAGUUUAGCAUUUUCAGCACUUAGCAUUCACAGCACAAAGAUGCCCUCAGUGGCAGCUUUUCCCCUCUACUCACAGUGCUCUCCACGUCCAUGGCCAAUCAAAAUCAAGAAAGGACUUUUCCUAACAACAAAAGUAGAGAAGAAACCAAUCUGACUCGUCAUUUCAAGGAUAACGUUUGUGGUCUCGAGGAGCUACAAAUGUAAGGACGAGAUUCCUUUAAAUUGUUUUGUUUUCUUGAUUAUUAGGGAUGUAACAGUAUCAAAAUCUCACAGUAUGAUAAUACCUUGAUAACAAGUCCACCUUUUUGAUACCUUUCAUGUUAUCAAAAAUAAAUAAUAAAAAUAAAAACUUGGAGAUAAAAGUGACAUCUGCAUUUAUCAAAGAACAAAUGCACUUUGACUAUUACAAUAUGUGCAAAAAAAGUGCCGUAGUUGUGCAUUAGGCUUUAAACUUAUACUUUGGCUCCAACAACCUCUAUUGUCCACGACUGAAAGUAGCUGUAGGUCUUUGGUGAUAUAGUCACGAUACACCUUGUGGUCUGUUAAGCUCUGCCCCUGCAUCGUUGUGAGGAAGUGGGAUUGUAAACUCUUCCUUAAGAAUCUUUAGGUCUGGCUAAAUUCUGCUCCUUGUAUCUUCACAUAUCUUUCCAGGGUGAUGAUUUGCCAAGUAGCUCCUUGUAUCACUCAUUUUUCCCCAUCGAGUUUGUCACCCCAGUUUGGCACUGUUCAAAUAUUGUUUUUGUUUGUCCUUUACUUUUUGUCCAAUGUCAUUUCUCUACACUGGGAAACCAAAAUGCUUCCACGCGUCAGAUUUAGAAGUCGCUGGAGCCUCCAGUUCUCACUCGCACUAUAACAUGCUUUUAGCUCAAGCCAGUGAGUGGAGUACAGCGACGGCUGGGUACACAAGGGCUGAUGGUAACUGUAGUUCCCAUUUCCCUUCACUCUGCUCUGUUAAAAGAAACCUCUUUGCAUGUCCAUAACGGUAUUGAUGUGUGUCCAUCACUGCGAAAUUAACAAUACCAUUACAUCUCUAUUAAUUCCAUAUCCUUGAACAAAGGAAAAUAUUGAGCCCACAAAGCUAUUUUGAAAAAUAUAUGGUUACUUCUGAGAAAAGCAGAAGUCAGCAAGCAUAAUUUAGCAACAUUAUGCAAUAAGUGCUCUGAAACUAAGGUUGUGGAAAAAUGUCAGCUGAGGAUGCAUUACUUUUUAUUUUACUAUGUUUCCUAUGGUAACAUAAGUUUUUGUUGUUUUCUAGAAAUUGAAAAGAUAAACACAUUAACUAGCUUUGUUAUCCUGAGAUAAUGAUACAAAGACAAGAUUUUGAACAGCCAAAAUUUUCUCAUUAUGGCAAAAUGGGGUUAUAUGAAAUACAUGUCAGUAUGUCACCUGAGGGCUCCCAUACAUCAUACUUUUUGCCACUUUUUCAAGGAAAACAUUUGCGACCCACUGAAUACAGCUCUGUGACCCCCUUUUGGGUCCCAAGCUACCAGUUGAGAACCACUGCUUAAGGCUUUUUCUGCAUAAGUCACCACCAAAGUUUGGCCACUCUAGUUCAAAGAAGUCUGGACACGCCCUUAGCUCUGAGUGUUUCUUUUCCUUUAAGAGUCCAAGGUUUUCAUUCCUGCCAGUGUUAUGCUAAACAGUGGUCUCACUGAAGUCAAGUGAAUACUGAUCAUGCAGUAAAUCCACUUUUGUUAGACUACAACUAAAUGUGUGCAUUUGCAGCCUACAGAAAUAGACCUCUUCGAUCAGUGCCGGUGGAUGAUGUAGCUCUCCCAGCUACUUCCUGCCAUCUUACCAUCAGACAUGCCACAGACUUCAUAUGAAACUGUUUAUACUGAGCAACGUCCAUACUGUAAGAUAUAAGAAUAAGUCACAAAUACAACCACUAAGAAGCUGAUCACCACCAAACCUGAAGAGAAACAACAUGUACCAAACUCUUCAGAGGGUGGCUUUUCAUUGUGCAUGGCAUGUACAGUGUAUGUGUACAGUAUUUGUCUAAAAUGCUACAUGUAUGUUGCUGUGAAUGUCAGUGAAUGUCUUUCUUGUUGUGGGAAUAUGGAAAAACUAUCAGUGGAAGAAAGUGAUGCUCAUAAUCCAACUUAUUAUGGGACAGAGUACAGAAAGGUCCGAUUGUUUUUUAAACUCUCUCUCUGUACGUCUCUUUCUCUUCUCUCUUGUUCUCAGCAGAUUUGUACAUGAUUUCAAACAUCUUUUAUUUUCUGUUUGUCAGACUUUGCUCUGGUUCAUUGCGGUAAAGUAAUGUAUGAUAUAAUGCACAGUCGAUGUUAUUGUUAUGACUUGUAAAAAAGUUAAUAUCUUUUCUUCCUCAUCAA